AUGAACGUUGAGAGCAAAGGAAGCAAAACUUACGAGUCUGGGGAGAAGCCCUACUUCGUUCUUGAAGACCUGUGGGAGUCUUUCAAGGAAUGGAGUGCAUAUGGAGUUGAGGUUCCUCUUAGACUAAACGAAGAUGACCAUGUCUUACAAUACUUCGUUCCAUAUCUCUCUGCAAUUCAACUCUAUGUUGAAGAUGGAGAACUGAACAAGAAGUCUAGUGAAAAAAGUGGUGAUUCUAUGUCUUCAAAGGAGACAACUAAUAAGAUUGUGUAUGAAUAUUUUGAGUAUUCUUCGCCAUAUGUACGUCUUCCUCUUACUAAGAAGGUUUUGACUCUUGCUAAAGAAAAUCCUUGUAUAAAGAAUUUGAGGAGCUAUGAGCUAUCACCCUGCAGUUGGUUUUCCGUUGCUUGGUAUCCGACUUACCGUAUCCCUAAUGGGCCAACGAUAAAAAACAUAGAAGCUUCAUUUCUUACCUACCAUAAUCUGUCUACUAAAUUUAAAAAACCAGAGAUGCAUGACAGAAAGUUGAGAAUGCCUCUUCCGAUUUUUGGCCUAACAACUUAUAAGGUGAGAGGGUCAAUUUUGCCUUUUCCCUCAGCGUCUGAAUCGCGUCUAUUGAACUCGCUUUUGAAGGCUGCUGAUGAUUGGUUGAAGAAUUUGGAAGUGAUCCAUUGUGACCAUAUGCAUUUUGUUAGGAAUGGUAAGCAGUGGGUAUAUUAGAAGAAUGUUUUUUUAGAUGAAAGUUUAUUCUUGUUCAUGUUGAAGUAGACACAUAGAACUAGACAUUAGGAAAUGGCUUUGUUCUUAUUAGGAAUCUCUAUAAUAGGAAGUUGAAAA